AUGGUGGUCAAAUCCGUUGCGCUCAGCUUGCUCUUGUCGCGACUCUGUGCGGCUUCCGGACCGUUUCUCCAGACGUUGAACGGUAGCUGGGUCAUCGGCAACGACCUGUGGAACGUUACCCAAGGCGUUGUAUACGGCAAGCCAGCGUACUACAAGGGCCAGGAGAUUACCGGCGAAGCAGAGGGACACUACACUGGCUACAAUGGCGAAAACAACCUUAACUUUACGUCGGCCGAGAUAGUGACGCAAGGAGAGGACUUCAUCGACGUGAGCUUUAGCGCCGCACAGGGUGACUUACAUUGGGUCAUCCUCGACGACCUGGCCGGCGCAUAUCAGUACUUCGUGAACCGCGCCUUACCCGUCCUCGGCGAAUACAGGACGCUCUGGCGUCUCGACAACGAAACCUUCACCAACGGCCGUACCAACAUCAAGGACGGGCCCCUUCCACCGUUCUCCCUCUACCAGAACGCUACAAAGGUGCAGGACGAGACAUGGCAGCUAGCCAAUGGCUCUUAUCUCACUAAGUACGACUGGAGUGACUUCAUUCGCGGAAUCGACUUCUACGGCGUUUAUGGCGAUGGGUUCGGUAGCUGGUACAUUCGUGGGUCGGGAGAGGACUAUAUUGGUGGCAAUCAGCUCAAGCAGGAGCUUACUGUACACUGUGAAUCUCUCACUGGAGACGCCGUGCAACUCAACAUGGUUCACGGGACUCACUUCCAAGCCACGUCCGCCGACGUCUUCCCCGCCGGCAAGAUCUUCGGCCCGUGGCUUUGGUACCUGAACGACGGCUCCAAGGAGGAUGCUGCCGCACGUCAAAAGCAAGAGCUCGACGCGUGGCCCUAUUCGUGGCUCAACGAUACGGCCUACCAAUCUCGCGCGGAAGUCGUAACGGGCAAGCUUGUCCUCUCCGAUGGACGCCCUGCUGCCGGCGCGGCUGUCUUCCUCGGCGAGAAUAACUCGAACAAGACCACGCUCGACCAAGGCUCGCUGUAUAACUACGUCGCCUCCGCCGACGAGUUUGGCGCGUUCAACUUCACCAAAGUCCGCGCCGGAACCUACGGCCUAUAUGCGUGGUCUAAUGGCGGAGAGAUACUCGGCAACGUUACGACCACAUUUGUUCGCAACGACGUGGAAAUUGCCGCCGAGCCUACCGUCACGCUCGAGGACUUGGGCGCUUGGGAGGUUCCCACGGGUCGCGAGCAGAUCUUCCAGAUCGGCGUCGUCGACCGCACAACGCUCGGAUUUAACCUCGGUGGACACCCCUACCAACACGCUCUCGUCGAUACGGUCCCAGCCAACCUGACUUUCACCGUCGGCCAAUCCGAUCCCGCGUCCGACUGGUACUACGCGCAAUCCGCCAUCGGCAGUUGGGACAUCGUGUUCGACCUCGCCGCGGACGCAGUCGAGCAGAACAGGUCGGCGCUGCUGACUAUUGCUCUUGCUGGCUUCAGUCAAGGUAGCAGCGCUGGGAUCUACGUCAACGGCGAGACGAGAGUGGGCAACUUAACGAGCGCCAGCAUUCUCAAUGAUCCCAGUCUCUAUAGGAGCUCGACGAUCGCAGGAGAGUGGCAUCUUUUCGAGUUUGAUGUUGAUGCGGGCGCGCUGACGGAGGGGACGAAUACCGUGAGCUUCGUGGUGGAGCAGCACACGCAAUGGAGAGGGUGGUUGUGGGAUAGUGUCAUCUUGGAGUGGGUAUGA